AUGAAUGGGUUUUUUGGAUUAUGGAAGGGAGGCAGCAAAAUAUAUGUGAAAGCGAACUUCACAACGUCUGUGCCACCUACAACAACGGUUUCGACCAUAACUAAGGAAGCACAAACAACAACAAAGGCUCCGAUAACCACCACACAUGCUCCAACAACAACUGUAGCACCUCCAACAACCGUUGCACAGGCUCCAACAACAGCUGCAGCACCUCCAACAACCGCUGCUCAGGCUCCAACAACCGCUGCACAGGCAACAGCUGCAGCACCUCCAGCAACCGCUGCACAGGCUCCAACAACAGCUGCAGCUCCUCCAACAACUACCUACUUGAUGCCCGGCGGAAAAUGA